AUGCAAGGAAACAUACUAUCGGCUAAAGCAGAUCUUGAACAAUUGAAUUCUCGACUGGCUGCUUAUGUACAUCGUGUUCGUCAACUAAAGGACGAAAAUGAUAUAAAAGAUCUCAAAGCGGCCAUCACAGUUUUGGAAGACGACCUAAGAUCCCUCAAGGCAUCUUACGAAUGCCAGAUCAAUCACCUCUCUUCGUCUAUUCGAAUUUUAACGGAAGAAAAACAUGAACUGCAAAAAGAACUUCUUGCUCACAAGGAAACAGAUGCUCAUUUUAUGGACCGCGGAUUGAAAUCAGAUCUCUCGGACUAUGAACGCGAGAUUUCCACACUAAAACUACGCAUUCGCCAGUUGCAGUUAGAAGCUGGGGAUGGACAGUCGGCAAAGAAAAAGUUGAUCGAAGAACUUCAUGAUUUAAAGCAAAAGCAACGAUUAGGCCGAAUGAGAUCCCGACUGGACUGGUAUAUUGCUCAGUUUGCAGCAAAUGAUGCCAGAAUGCAAGAAGUGGCUCACAAAGAGGCCACCGUACCGGAGAUAUUGUUACGUUUGCGCAAGACCGCACGGGAUGAGAUUCGUAAACAUCAAGAAGAGACGAAGGCCUACUUUAAAAAAACUGUACGCCAUCCGAGGACAGACCCGGAUAUUAUUUACAUAGCCUUAGUUUUGCCCGCACGAGCAUCUAGUUUGACGCGACUGUGCAUCUCCAAACAUGGGUUUCAUUUCACAUUGUUCAUAUUUCUUGCGAAUUCUUUCAUUCAACAGGUGUCCAUGUUACAAUCGCAGUUGGUUGACGAGAGAAAAAGAAACCGGUUCUUGAAGAUGGAAAGUUAUCAAUCAGGGCAGCAAAAUUUAUUAUUACAAAAAGAGGUAGUUGAACUCAAGGCCAAGGUGCAAACACAAGAUCAUCAGAUAAAUCUCAUGGAACAAGCCUUAAAAACAGCUCAAAGAGAUUUAGAUAAAACCCGAAUCGAAUACGAGGACAAAUUACGUCGUGUAGAAAGCGUGAUUGCGGAACAAACAUCGAUAAAUGAAACAGCACAAAAUCAAGCCAGUCAAGUUCGUACUGAAGUAGCCAGACUUCGGAAACUGUUAGAAAACGAAGAGCGUCGUCUUCAUUUACAGUUGUCCAGUGAUUUAGACGCCGGAAAUAACCUUCAAACCGAAACUGACCAUGUCCUUGGAGGCAUAACACCUGAAGUUGAUGUGUCGUCAGAAAUUCAAGAAAAACCAAUUGAUGCGAUUGCGAGUGAAUUGAUAACACAUUUGUCUAAAUCUAAAGACUCUUUUGGCUCAUGUGAAACGUUUUGUCCACCCACCGUCAGCAUUCCGGGACAGUCAGCUGUAUUAUCGACUCGACGAUCAUUUGAACAGUACAGCGCCGAACAACCUCAAGGGCAACAUCAGGAAGCGACCCGGGCUACGUCUGCUACAGAUGGGAAUGAGGCUUACCAAGGAGAAGAACAAGAAACAAGGGGUUCAAACCGGUUGAAGUUUCCCAAAGAAAAAGAAAUCGAUAAUUCAAAAAAGUGA